UCCCCCCUCCGCUGCGGGCCCGGAGUACUCGCUUGAGCCCUGUGCUCGGAAGCAGCGCUGCGCUCCCCUCGUCCGCCCGCACCAUGAAGCAGAACUCCAGCGUCCCCGCCUUCCUCACCAAGCUGUGGACCCUGGUCGAGGACCCGGACACGAACGAGUUCAUCUGCUGGAGCCAGGAAGGUAACAGCUUUCUUGUGCUGGAUGAACAGCGAUUUGCCAAAGAGAUUCUCCCCAAAUUCUUCAAGCAUAACAAUAUGGCAAGUUUCGUCAGGCAGCUCAACAUGUAUGGAUUUCGCAAGGUAAUGCACAUGGACACUGGCAUCGUAAAACAAGAACGUGAUGGACCAGUUGAAUUCCAGCAUCCAUUCUUCAAACAUGGGCAGGAUGACCUGCUAGAAAACAUCAAAAGAAAGGUUUCGUCAGCCAGGCCUGAGGAAAAUAAAAUACGUCACGAAGACCUCUCUAAGAUCCUGUCCAACGUUCAGAGUGUUCAUGGCAAACAAGAAAGUCUUGAUUCGAGACUCUCAACACUGAAAAGAGAGAAUGAGGCUCUGUGGAGGGAAGUCUCAGAUUUGAGACAGAAACAUACCAGCCAGCAACAAGUUAUUAAAAAGUUGAUCCAGUUCAUUAUAACAUUAGCCCAGAACAACCGUCUAGUGAGCUUGAAACGCAAAAGACCUUUAUUGAUGAACAGCAAUGGAAACAAGUCAAAAUACUUUCAUCAAAUUUAUGAGGAAUCCGUCGAACACAGCAAGGGAUCUAUGAAAGUGCCGAAUGGUCUGAAGAACAGUUCUGAUAUUUCUGAUGAUGUUAUAAUCUGUGAUGUAACUGACGAUCAUCCAGAAAACGUGGAAGAAGUAACGAAAAUUUCUGAUCCAAUGGAUGUUGAAAUUGUAGAAGUUAAAAUUGGUAGUGAUGGGGCAGUGCUUGUGGAUGAUGAAGUGACAGACCCACCAAGAGUGGAGCCUCAAGACAUAGCCAAAGCCAUAUCUGAAAACGCCCCUUUUUCAAGCAGUGCUCUGCAGAUCAAUAAACCAUCGGCGCUCACUUUGGAAGAUCCAGUUACAAUGAUGGACUCCAUUAUGAAUGAAAGCGGAGCUAUUUCACAGAACAUUAACCUUCUGGGCAAGGUUGAGCUGAUGGACUACCUGGACAGUAUUGACUGCAGUUUGGAAGACUUUCAGGCUAUGCUGUGUGGAAAGCAGUUCAAUAUUGACCCAGAAAUCGUAGAUGAUCUUUUUAAUCCAGUUUGCCUGGUGAGCACAAAUGAUCACAGCGUCAGCACAGCUAAAGGGACAGAGUCUUCAAAGGAGAAAGCGGGCUUGCUUUCCAAAGAGAAGCCAAGUGAGAGUAAUAACGAUAAACAGCUGAUCCAGUACACGUCCUGCCCUCUCUUGGCCUUCUUGGAUGGGUGUUCUUCCACACUCACCCCUGAACCAGACGCUCCGGUUUCAGGCCUGAAUGAAUCGCUUCUGGAGCAGGAGCAGGACCAGGAAGAUCCAACUGACCUUCUGGAAACGGAUGAGCCUCCCCGGAGCAAGCUCAUUCGACUGGAGCCUCUGACUGAAGCGGAGGCCAGCGAAGCAACUCUGUUUUACUUCUGCGGACUCAAUUCAGAAACCCCUGACAUAGAGACUCCGCAGCUGGGUGUUUAAAGUGGAAAGAAAUGGGUUACGAUUUGUAUAUAUUCAUCAAAAUGAUGAACUAUUUAUUUGCUAGUAUCUUUUGGUACAUUUCUGUCCUAAAUCCAAAAGGAAAAUGUGACAGUCCUCCUUCUUCCUGUUAUUUAGCGGAUGUCUUUAAAUCCUCUUGUCAAUAGAGUAUUCUAGGUCUGACUUCACAAAGCCAAGGAGUCGAAAGGGAUACAGUUGUAUUUUUUUUUGCUGGUUGACAUUUUUUUGGGGGGUACAGACUAUUUUGAGUUGUCAAUGACUAGGUCCAUACGUUUUAUCGUGUCUGUGGAAAGGUUCAGUUUCCAUAGAUGCUCCUUUCAAAUGGAGUACAAGCAUAUUAUAGACAUAUAAAGAUAGGGAAGUGUCUGUAUGUAGUUCAUUUCCCCGUCUUUGUAAAUUCUCAGUGUUCCGAAUUCCAAGAAGUCUGGUUUGUCGUUCGUUUCAAAACGUGCUGAACUAACUACGUGAUGUUCCGCUUAUGUUCUGAGCUUUUUGUCACCGAUAUAUCAAGCUUGGCAGCCAAUAAAUUGUAAAGCAUCGA